UUUAUUUCUCUUCUCAAAAUAAAAACAUCAUGCCAUGUUCUUCAACCACCUCAUAUGACAUGACACCGUAUACACCACGGAUCCUAUACCUUUUGACAAGCAAAAUGCCCCAACAUAACAUAACAUCUCGGAGUUCAAAUAAAAUGCCAAUGGAUUGGUCCUUCUUAAAGUGCACAAAGAUAAAGAAUUCCGGUACACUCGGUUCUCUUUAUUCCCCUCUAGGUCCACCUCAUAUUCAUCGUCAUAGUCUACAUCAUCCUCGUUCAGGUAAUGCAGCUCUUUGUUGAUGUUGGGUGUAGCCAUCAUUGUCAUCUGCAUCAGUUGGCCUCAUAGCAUGUAUAACAGAAGCAAGGGUAUGUUUCAUUACACUCAUUUCAUAGAAAUGUUUCAGAUUUAAGUGAGCUUCCCCUUGUUAAAAGGGAAUGGAGACUAUUAACUUCAAGGAUACAUUACAGUAAUAUUCACACUUCCAUUUGUUGCAAGUCCUUGAAAGCUGAGACAUGUUGGACCCUCAACGAUUUCAAUGGAAGAUGCUAAAGAUUAAAGCCAAUGGUUCCCUUCAGACAGUUUCUGAUAACUUGACCCAUGUAGACAGAAUCCAAUCCUAUUUCUCCACCUUUCCAAAACAUCUUAGAUAACUUGAGAAUUGGCCCGAGCUACCCCAAACCCGAUUCGAUUCGAUUUGUGCACCUCUCAAAUCGAAUCUGAGUCCAUAUUCUUCAAAAUCAAAUAGGUCGGUUUGAUGCCUUCAUGGUCUCUGUUCAAAACCCCAGCUGUUCUUUAUACAAACUUUAUCCAUUAAAGGAAAGAUGGAAUCUGAUUCUCCACCAUCGCCGCAAGUGACACAAUUUUUCCAAGAUCCUACAAAAACGAUGCCACCCUCCAAAACCACUGCUUUUGCAUACAGAAAUUAAAGCAAUGGCAGGCAGAAGAGAAAGGUGCAGUUGGUGUGGGUUGCAGCUACUGGUGCCGCCGGAGGCUCAAACCAUUCAGUGUGCUGCAUGCCAAGCCGUCACCCCAGUUCGACCAAAUGACCCUUGGGUUCAAGUCCACGACUCAAUUUACAAUGCAGCAAAUCGGUUUAAAAGCCUUGUGAACUCGGCGGUGGCCGCUGCUUCUCUCAACAGCUAUCCGGCAUCGAACACGCCAGUUAAUGGUUACUACUAUCCUCGGCCACCGGGACCAACGCUGCCAUUGAUUCCGCCUAACUCCCAUGGGAGGAAGCGAGCACUUCUAUGUGGAGUGAGCUAUUAUGGACGUGGGAACAAGCUCAAAGGAAGUGUGAAUGAUGUUAGGUGCAUGAGAUACUUUCUGGUGGAAAAGUUGGGUUUCCCCAAUGAUUCCAUACUCAUCCUAACUGAGGAGGAGACAGAUUCAUUUAGGAUUCCGACGAAACAUAACAUCCGAAUGGCCAUGAGAUGGCUAGUCCAGGGGGUUCAGUCAGGUGACUCGUUGGUCUUCCACUUCUCCGGCCAUGGCUCAAGGCAGCGCGACCACAACAUGGAUGAGAUUGACGGCUACGACGAAACACUGUGCCCUGUUGAUUACGCGACGGAGGGGAUGAUAGUUGAUGAUGAAAUUAAUGCCACCAUUGUUCGCCCACUACCCCAUGGUGCCAAGCUUCAUGCCAUCGUGGAUGCCUGCUACAGUGGAACCGUGCUUGAUCUGCCAUUUGUGUGCAGGAUGAACAGGGAAGGAUACUACACAUGGGAAGAUCAAAGAUGUAUGUCAGGUGUUUAUAAAGGAACAAGAGGUGGACUAGCAAUCUCUUUCAGUGCCUGUGAUGAUCACCAGACGUCUGCGGACACAACGGCUUUUACAGGUAAAGACUCAACAGGUGCCUUGACUUAUAGCUUCAUCCAAGCAGUGCAAAAUGAACCUGGAUUAACAUAUGGUCGCUUGUUGAAUAGCAUGCGCCAUGCAAUUCGUGAGGCCAAAACUGGAAUACGUCUAAAUGGCCCAAUUGCAUCUCUUGUUAAUAGAUUAUUAUGCAUGGAGUUAUCACAGGAGCCUCAGUUGUCAUCAUCAGAGAAGUUUGACAUUUAUAACAAACAAUUUGUACUUUAAUAUUUUGUAAUAAUGUCCGCAAACUCAUAGUCAAAACGUACGUAUUAUCCAUAGCUUUUUUUUAGACUGAUCGGCUAUCUUUGUCGUUGGCAUUG